CGUUCUCAGUCUGCAAAUUUGACAGAUGCUGACAAAAUGUUGAUAAACAAAAGAAGCGGUGAAAAUCAUUAUCUGUCAAAAGAUGGAGUUUUUAUCUAUUUAUCCGUGACUUUUAUGUGAUGAUAACAAUUGCAAUGUAUAUUCAAAAGGGAUUUUUGACUGUCAUUGGAUUAUUAUGGCUAUUUGGUUUGGGGGCUCCAGUAUCAUUUUAUGGUGAAAGUUACAUACAUAUCCCUCUGAACAAUGCAUUCCGUGAGACAGAUCUUGAGCUGCGAUUUAAAGCCUCCAGACCAUACGGAGUUCUCCUCAUGUUGACAGGAAGUGCUGAUUACUUUCUCUUACAACUGCAUGCUGGGACACUUCAACUAAAGAUAAAUUAUGGAAGUGAUGACACUAUUCUUGACCUUGGUAGACAUAGAUAUGAUGACCUUCAGUGGCAUGAGGUCAAGGUCACAAGAGCCAAUGAUGUCAUCUCCAUGGUAAUAGAUGGUACAACAUCAACAAGACAGAAAAUACGAGGAAAUCAUGGGGAACUGAAUAUAGACAGGGGAAUAUAUCUUGGCGGAACAGAUUUGCGGACAAAUGAUAAAUUUGACAAUGAGUUAAAACAUUUCCGAGGAACUUUUAGCAAAGUGAUAUUGAAUAAGAUGGAUCUAAUAUCCAGGGCAAGGGAGUUGAGGGAUCCUAGUCACGUUGUUGAUGUAUCUUUUGAUGUUGAUAGUUUAUUUGAUGCACCAAGAGACAGUCCAAUAGCAUUGAAGUCAGAAACAUCGUUUAUCUCAUUCUCACAUUUACAUCCUGCAAAUGACCGGACCGUUUCUUUUCUAUUUCAAACAGAAUUAACAUCAGCAUUGUUAAUGUUCAGUUUCAGCCGACAUUCCUUACACAAAAGUUUUAUAGCUCUAGAACUUUUAAAUGGUAAACUACAACUUACUGCUUGUAAAGGGGAGGAGUUAGUAUCAAUUAUUUCUGAUAUUAUAAUUGACACUAGUUGGCAUCAAGUGGACAUGAGUGUAACGUCGGAAAUGAUUGAACUGUCUGUGGACGGUGUUCACAAAUCGCAAGACUUUGGUGAUAAAAGUGGUGCUAUCUAUGGAGGAUUGAUAUUUAUAGGCGGAGUUAACCAUAUUGGGCGUGCUAUUGUUAUAAAUGAAGAACUGGAAUCUUUGAAAGGAGAAAAUUCCAUGAAGGGUGGAAUGAUAGGAUGCAUUAGAAACAUUGUGAUAAAUUCGCGAGUUUAUAAUAUACAUGACAUACAUGCAAGUCGAUUAAUUGGAUAUGAAUGUGAUAAGACAGAGCUUUGCGUUUCCGGUGAUUGCUUGUUUGGUGAAAUGACGCCUCACUCCGAUUCAAGCCACAGUGAUUUACAACUUCUUUCAGUCAACCCGGUGAUUGUAGACGAAGGAAUGACGGUUGAAAUUACAACUGAUAAUAUUGAAAUCAUAUAUGACUUUAAAAAGUUUAGUAUUAGAGAAUCAGGAAUAAUGAUAUAUGUUGUUAAGAAACCAAAGCAUGGAGAGAUAGAAGUGGAUCUAGGCAAGCGUAGAAAUAACGACGUGUUUACGUACCUUGAUCUGUUACGUCACAAAGUGAGAUACAUUCAUCUUGGAUCAGAACAAGUUUAUGAUGAAGUGUCAAUGGGACUAGAAAUAUUUACUAGCAGUAGGACCAAUGAAGAUGACGUUCCUGAAAAGUUACAGCAAAGAUACGCUUUUAUUUUACCAAUAAACAUCAAGCCUACAAAUGACCCUCCAAAAAUAAUCUUAGCAAGUGGUGGUGUUUUGAAAAUCAUUGAAAAUACAAAAAUUAAGAUAACUGAUGAAGUUUUCUAUGCACAGGAUCCGGAUAGCCCCCCAAAUGAACUGACAUAUCUUGUAACUGAUGCUCCAACACAAGGUUACUUCGAAAGGUCAGGACAAAGUGGAAUACCAGCAACCAAAUUUACACAGGCAGAGAUUAAUGAAAGACAGAUCUGGUUCCUGCACUUGGGAUCUGGUGAUUCUUUUGUUAAUUUAAAAUUAACUGAUGGGAAGGCAUCGAGUGACCCAGUCCAGUUGACAGUCCAUACUGUACAGCUUCAAUUGACUGUCCAAAGAAAUAAUGGUCUUGUCCUCCCACAGGGGUCAUUUGCAAUUAUAUCAAGUACCAACUUGUCAACAGUUAGUAAUGUUCCCUCACAAGAGUUGGAAAUGCUUUAUGAAGUUUUACGCCCACCAAAGUUUGGUGUUAUUGAACGGCAGCAAUAUGCUAAUGGAGAAUGGAAAGAAGUAAAUACAUUUGCCCAGCGACAUAUUGACAGUGGACAUGUAAGGUACAGACAUACAGUCAUUGGAAACCCUUCAACUUCAGACCAGUUCAGUUUUAAUGUUAAAGCAAAAAGUUUCACUACUCCAUAUUAUUUCUUCAGAAUUCAGUUUGAGCAAGUUUUCAUUGAAGUUCAAGCUAAUAAUGAAUUACAAUUAUUGCAUAAAACAUACCGUGUUUUAACGUCAGACAAUUUGAGAGCACACACUAACAACCCCCAUUUAGAUGAUGCAAAGAUAGUGUUCACGAUUGUAAGGGCACCCAUCCAUGGUGACUUCUUCAAAGUUGAUUCUCAAAUAGGAGCUCAUUUAGAUUUUUCUAAUGCAAAUGCUCUAAGAGUAACGGAUAAUUUCUCACAGCAUGACAUAAACAGUGGUAAAUUAAUCUACAAGUUAAAAAGCAACUCCUUUGAUAAGGUUUCUGAUUUCACUGACCUUAAGGUAAAAACCGUUGGAACUGGAUCAAAAAAUGUUCGCCUAUGGAUAGAAUACAUUCCGAUGAAAAGUGAUGUCCGUAUUACAAAUAAAGGCCUGAAUGAUGUGAUUGAAGGGGGGCAAAAAGCUAUAGACCGCCAUUGUUUAUUUAUUCAAACAAAUGACUUCAGAGAUUUUGAAUUUGCUGUUAUAACACCACCCAGGUAUGGGAGUCUCCAGCUUGUAGAUCCAAGGUCAUCGUCAGUUAUUUUGAAUGAUAUAAAAGAAUUCACAAGUACUGAUAUCAAAGAUCUUAGUCUGGUUUACAAACAUGAUGAUUCGGAACACGAUGAAGACUCGUUCACAUUUACUGCCGUCCCAAAUAUACACAGACAAACGCGAACACAAAAUAUCCCAGAAUUCACUGGUACUUUUGAAAUCAAAAUGUUAAUGAGAAAUGACAACCCACCUGAAAGGCUGGUGGAUAAAGUGUUUAAAGUUGUAAGAAAUGGAGAAAAACUGAUUACUAUUGAUGAUUUGGCUUACACUGACCCUGACAUUGGAUACGAUACAAACAAACUGCAAUAUUCUCGAAGAGGUAUUCCAAAUGGAGAAAUAAUCCACGCAAAAACAAAAACUCGUAUUGACCAGUUUACUCAGAAAGAUAUUAUAGAUAAGGAGAUUAUGUUUAAACAUGAAGGUUCUGAAAGUGAUAGUGCAGCUAUUUAUGUUACUGAUGGUCAAUUUAACGUUAUUUGUGUGUUUGAAAUACACGCUGGCGAUCCUUUUCUAGAAAUUGUUAAGAAUACAGGAGUUGUUGUUAGAAGUAACAGUAAAGUCGUCCUGACAUCUAAGAACCUAAGUAUAGAAACAAACAUGAACGUAGAAGAUGAAAAAGUACUUUUUGUUCUAAUAGAAGAACCAAGACAUGGUCAGUUAGAAAUUGACAGUCAUGCAGUGGAUGAGUUUAAUCUUGAAGAUUUGAAAGAAAAUAAACUAUAUUACAGACAUAAUGGUGGUUCAGACGUGGAAGACAGUUUUAAGUUCACUGUUUUAGCUGGUGAUAUUCAGACUCACGGAACUUUUUCUAUACAGAUAGAGCUGGAGUCGGUACAAUUACCACCACAUGUCAUAAAUAAUGGAGCUCUAGAAAUUCUUAAUAUCUUAGACAGUAAUGUCAUUGAAGAAAAACAAUUGUUGAUAAAACACCCAGAUGUGUCUCCAGAAAAUAUCGAGUAUUUGAUUUUAGUAAUGCCAAAACAAGGUCACUUGUAUCGAGAUAAUACUCUUUUAACGAUGGACGGGGAAUCCACUUUUACCCAGCUAGAUAUAAAUGAGCGUCGUGUAAAAUACAAACUUGAAAAUACAAGUGCUACAACAGAUCAUUUCAUAUUUGAAGUUUCAAACGGAUAUGAAGCUCUACGCGGACUUGAAUUUCUGAUUAAGAUUGAACCAUAUACUCUACCAUUUGAAAUAAAAAAUUUCACAGUCAUCGAAGGUGGUAAAAAAGAAAUAACGUCUGAUUUACUAACUGUAGAAGACAAAUUUUCUGAUGAGCCAAUUGUGAAGUAUACAAUUUAUACGCCACCAAAACAUGGGAAAAUUACCAACAACCGUGGGGAGGAAUUGAAUUCUUUUACAUCCAAUGAUUUAAAUCGAAGAAAUGUUUUCUAUAUACACGAUGAUAGUGAAAGUAAAUUGGAUAGCAUUUCUUUGAGUGCUACUUUAGGGGAUGGGUCAAAGGAGAGCGAUGUUAAGACACUUUUCAUAACAAUCGAGGGCGUGAAUGAUGAGGCACCCGUUAUUGUAAAGAACAGUGGACUGACAGUGUGGAUGAAUUCUAUGACCCAGAUAACAUCGGAUAACCUAUGUGCGCGUGAUCCGGACACACCAGCUAAAGAUUUGGUAUUUGUGAUUUCUGCGCCAUCUAAUGGUCAUAUUUCACAUCUAAACAACACAUUUAAAGCUAUUGGCAGCUUUAGGCAGUCCUGGAUUGAUGAUGGUCAUAUUGUAUUUGUUCAUCAGGGUAGCACUACUGGUGAGUUUUCCUUCCAAGUUAGUGAUGGCGGUCACAAUAAAAGUCCAUUAAGCAUUUUCCAUGUGGAGGCAAGACAACUUAUCCUUCAACUUCAGACUAAUUCUCUUCUCAAUGCAUACCCAAAUACAGUUCAGCCAAUCACGAUGAGCCAUUUAUUCACCUCCACUAAUGACCCUAAACAGGUUAAGCCAAUCAUAUACACCCUUAUAUCCAAGCCAAGGCAUGGCUCUGUUGUAACAAUGCUUAAUGGACGAGCUGUUGAGGUGAAUUCAUUUAACCAGGGGGAGAUAAACAAUUCACAAAUAUUCUACAUGCAUUCAGACAGACUGAGUGGUUGGAUCCAGAAUGACAGCUUUCAAUUCAAAGUUAACACACUAUAUGCAGAGGCAUUGGAUACACAGGUAUUUCAAAUCAUGGUAUCAUAUGGGAAUUUGAAUGCAGAAAAUAAGAAUCAGUUGAUUAGAAUUUCACCUAUACAAGUAGAUGAAGGAGGGGAAAUGAUUAUUGCUAAAAAUAACUUGGAUGUCACGGAAUUUGUGCGGAAUCUUGAAAGAUUAGAAAAACGUGUUAGAUUGCGAUUCAGUCUGAAAGAUCCACCUCUUCACGGAAAGUUAAUGUUUCGUGGAUCAGACCUUGUAAUUGGUGAGCAGUUUGGUCAAAGAAGUGUUAACGGACAUGAGAUAAUUUAUAAACAUGAUGACUCUGACACGGUGUUUGACACUUUUAAUUUUACAUUACAUUUAAGGAUACAAGAUCAAAGUUUAAGAGGAGGUUUUGAUGACGAGAAUACAUUUGGACUGGUUCUGAAUGUGACUGUGCGCCCUGUGAAUGAUGAACCUUGUAGACUGGUUACAACUAGUCCCAGUCUGCAUAUUAUUCAAGGUUUUACUAUGGUAAUAAACCAGUCUGUUCUCAACACAGUGGAUAAAGACACAACACCGGAUUAUAUCAUGUACCAAAUUAUACGAGAAGCAGACAAUGGACAUGUAGCAUUAAUCGAUGCAGAAAAUAUUAAAAUUGAUAACUUUACACAGCAAGAUAUUAAUGAUAAUCGUGUAGUAUUCAAACACAAGUAUUACAAAGAUUCGGGAGCUUUUACUUUCAGUGUGUCUGAUGGAGGGCAUCGGGCUUUUUAUAAAUCGUUCGAGAUUUUUGUUACAAAAUUGUACGUAAAUAUAACAAAAAACGCGACAGUGGAAAUAUUACAGUCUGAUUCAACAGUUCAUAUUACACAGGAAAAUUUAAAUGUUACAACAAAUGGUUUAAUUGAAAAUGUUUAUUAUGUUCUGAGAGGACAACCAUAUUAUGGCAAAAUAUAUGUGAACAGCAAAAAUAUGGAUUAUUUCAGUCAAAAGGAAAUAAAUGAAAAUAGGGUUGUUUACAAACAAAUGGAUUUAACAGCUAGUAUGGACUUUAUUUCUUUGUCAAAGAUUACAUAUCGAUACAGAUCUGGAUCUUUGGCAUUGGAUGUACAUGAAAAUGUUGAAAAGAUAAAUAUUAAAGUGAAACCUUUAGUUGUGACAGGGCCAUUGUCCACUGCAAAAACUGAAAAGGUUGCCUUGACUUUGUUAAAUUUAGAUGCUGCAAAGCUUGCUGAGAGGACUGGUGAUAAUCCAAAAUAUAGAUUAAAAUACGGUCCAUAUUUUGGUAAAAUUAUGAAGAAAAGGACGUUUUCUAAAAGGCAAGUUUAUCAUGAAAGUUUCAGAGAUUCUUCGGGAUUUCAGGCUGUAGAUGAAUUUAGUCAUGAAGAUAUUGUUUACAUGAAAGUUUAUUAUGAAACUGAUAGUAAUCGUGUACACAGUGCCAGUCAAGAUAAUUUUACAUACUCUUUAACUGCAUUUAAUGUGCAGCCAGCGGAAGGCGUGUUUUAUAUUGACUUACAGCCUUCCGGACACACACCAGUGAUUCCUGUAACAAAAACUUCUAAAAGAGAACCAGUCACUUUUAAACCAGUGACACAGUCUAGUGAAGAUUCUCAAAAGGGAGUUAACUCUCCUAUAAAUGAAGGAUCAGUUGAACCUAGUCGUUUAAAACAAAAUCAUGUCAUCAUUUUAGCUGUUUCCAUUCCAUUAUUAUUAAUCAUCAUCAUCACUUUAAUCAUUGUAUAUCUAGUUUGGAGAGGAAGGAGAAAAAGAGACUACAAUCCAUCAACUAAGAAAUCGCCACGGUUACGACCGCAUAUUAGUGGUCCGUACCAAAUAGAACAGCCACAUAUUCAAAUUAAACCACAAGAACAAGACAGUGGUGUUUCAGAUGACAGUCAAUCUGUAGUUGAAUAUGAAAAUACACAGAACAUUCCCGGUGUAAACCAACCUGUGUCAGAAGAGGCAGACGUCAUAACACCAAUGCUAUCUAAAGAUCCAUUACAUGAAAUGAUGCGUGAUACAAGUAUUCCGCGUUCACCCGAUGUAACGCGUACAGAAAUAAGUAGCACUGUACCAACGUGUAAAGUUACGCCACUAAUAGACAAUGAUUUAGAAGGGGCUGUUGGUGGGAUAGAGGAGAGAGAUCAGUCAAUUAGCAGUAUGGGUGAUAUGAUAGAAUGGAUCACUAACGAUCCGGAACUCUUACAACAUUGUAGUUCCUCUAGCCCACCGGUUCUACGUAAAAGCCAGUACUGGGUAUAAUUCUAGUGAUAUAUAAUCUACAAAUGUGUAAAAAUUCCAGUACUUGGUCUAAUACAAUCUAGUGAUAUUAUGUUCUUAAACUCUCAAGUACCUGUUUUUGUGUUAAAGCCAUUUUAUAAUGUACAUGUAUAUGUCUUAUAUUGAAAAAUGAUGCUUUAUUUGAAACUACCAUUACUUACACUAGCUUUUAAAGUGGGGACAUGUUUUUUUUUUUUCAUGUUUCCAAUUUUCAUAUUUGUUAGUUUACAUGAAUUUGAACAUUGAUUGUUUUUAUGAGAUAAGGAAACUGGUGUAGUUUUAGAUAGAACCAUAAACUGUAAUGCCUUCAAAAUAAUUUAAGGUUAGCAAAAAAAAAAUCUAUUUCAAGUUUAAUAAGAUAUUAAAAGAUCUGAUUUUAAAUGUUGUCAAACUGACUGAUCAAUUGUCUUUAAAGUUUUUACAAUAAUCUCAAACAUAAUUUACUUAAAAAUUACUUGUUUUUUGCUGUUUUUAGCUCACCUGACACAAAGUGACAGGGUGAGCUUUUGUGAUCGCUUUUCGUCCGGCGUCCGUCAGUCUGUCCGUCGUCCGUCCGUAAACUUUUCCUUUAAAUGACAUCUCCUCAUUAACCACUGAGCCAAUUUCAUCCAAACUUCGCAGGAAUGUUCCUUUGGUGGUCACCUUUAAAAAUUGUUCAAAGAAUUUAAUUCCAUGCAGAACUCUGGUUGCCAUGGAAACCGAAAGAAAAAUCUUUAAAUAUCUUCUUUUAAACAACCCUAAAGGCUAGAGCUUUAAUAUUUGGCAUGAAACAUCUUCUAAUGAGUGUCUACCAAGUUUGUUCAAAUAAAAGCCCUGGGGUCGAAAUUGGCCCCGCCCCAGGGGGUCAUUGUUUUUCCCGAUAUGCAUAUAGUAAAAACUUAAAAAAUCUUCUUUUAAAGAACCCAAAGAGCUACAGCUAAGAUAUUUGGCAUGAAACAUCUUCUAGUGAGUGUCUACCAAGUUUGUUCAAAUAAAAGCCCUGGGGUCAAAAUUGGCCCUGCCCCCAGGGGGUCAUAGAUUUUCCCUAUAUGCAUAUAGUAAAAACUUAAAAAUCUUCUUUUAACGAACUGUAAGAGCUAGAGCUUAGAUAUUUGGCAUGAAACAUCUUCUAGUGAAUGUCUACCAAGUUUGUUCAAAUAAAAGCCCUGGGGUCAAAAUUGGCCCCGCCCCAGGGGGUCAUUGAUUUUCCCUAUAUGCAUAUAGUAAAAACUUUAAAAAAUCUUCUUUUAAAAGAACCCAAAAGAGCUAGAGCUAAGAUAUUUGGCAUGAAACAUCUUCUAGUGAGUGUCUACCAAGUUUGUUCAAAUAAAAGCCCUGGGGUCAAAAUUGACCCCGCCCCAGUGGGUCAUUGAUUUUCCCUAUAUGCACAUAGUAAAAACUUAAAAAAUCUUCUUUUAAAGAACCGUAAGAGCUAGAGCUUAGAUAAUUGGCAUGAAACAUCUUCUAGUGAAUGUCUACCAAGUUUGUUCAAAUAAAAGUCCUGGGGUCAAAAUUGGCCCCGCCCCAGGGGGUCAUUGAUUUUCCCUAUAUGCAUAUAGUAAAAACUUAAAAAAUCUUUAUUUUAAAGAACCCAGAGAGCUAGAGCUAAGAUAUUUAGCAUGAAACAUAUUCUAAUGGGUGUCUACCAAG